UUCUGUGUCUGUUUUGCCUGCAUGUAUGUAAUUGUACUAUGUGUGUGCCUGGUGCCCACAGAGACCAGACGAGUGUGUCAGAUCCCCUGGAACUGGAGUUAACUGAUGAUUGUAAACCGCCAUUUGGAUGUUGGGAACAAAUCUAGGUCCUCUGCAGGAGCAGCAAGUGGUCCCAGCCACCAAGCCAUCUCUCCAGCCCCAUAAAGAUCACUUUUCUUAGCCAUUCUAAAUGUGAUUUCUGUCUGUAUGUGUAUUGGAAAUGUCACCUGACCGUCCUGUCUCCCUCUGUUCCUGGAUCCCCAUUCUGAGGUCUGAUUAGUCGCGGUGAUAAAUGGCUGUGGAAGAUCCAUUUGGAGCCUGUUGUCCAGUAACGUCAGCAUUCACCGGUGGGGUGGGUGUGUGCGAGACCCUUCUUCCCUGUGUUUCUGUGCUGGGGGUUCCUUACUACCCCACACUCCAAACUUGAGCCCAAUCAGCCAGCCUGGCUAUGCUGAGAACCUAGGCUUUCUGUGUAGCUUGACAGUUACAAGUUCAGGAGUUUAGGGGAGGAUAGACUGGGGCUCAACAUAGCCUAGCACCAAGGACACCAAUACAGGAAUCCCCACAUCUAGGUAACCAGUGUGUCAUUUGACAGAAUGUCUGCCUGGUGGGGAGGCUCUUCCCCUCUGCCGGUGUCCCAGCCUAGUGGCCUGUCCCAGUAGGACAGGAUGCUUUCUGUAGGCAGCUGUAUUCUCUAUAGAGGAAUUGCCAUCACAUCUAUAUCUGCAGCCAGGUUCUGUUCUGAGUGAUACUGGGGGGCGGGGGGGGCUUGCCGUGGUUACACAUCCCAUUGAUCUGUCACCUUCACUCUCCUCAGGAACAAAUCCCCUCCUUAUCCAAACUGCGGUCUUACCUUACUUUAGAAGUCUAUGGUUCUGCCUGGCUAUCCCCCAUGUCUGACUGGUGCUUCUGCACUGGAGGCCCUGCUGUUUCAAAUCCAGUGCAGGGGUAUUUGGUUAGAGUGUCCGGCCUUAGCCAUGAGUACUGGGGAAGGGUGAGUCUAGGUCUGAGCAGCAGCCUUAGGAAUACCCUACCACCUGGUGUCUGCUUGCUUUGCCGAAUCUGGUGCUUCCUUGCUGCAAUACUGCAAAUAAUAAGGACGAGGGUGUGUCUACUGCAAGCAGCUCCCAGCUCAGGAGAAAGUCUGAGUGCGGUGGGGUGCAAAUGGACCUUGACAUUCUGGGGCUGGGUCACAGGCCUAUUUUUUGGUCAGGGAAGCUUGCUAGAGAGGGUGUUAAGCAUACCGAGUACAAGUACAGAGAUCAGAAAGGCUGCAUAAGAGGGAUAUGGGUGCCGCAGCUUCCCAGCUACUGGGAGAAACUUCAGCACGAAGAGCAAGACCAGUGCGCAGGCGGUGGUUCUGGGUCGAGUUGUUAGGUGGGGGACGAAUCUACCCAGGAUGUGCGUCGAGUCGGGCGGCGCGUGCGCGUACAGGGUAAGCGCGUGCUCUACCCGUGUGCGCGCAGGGCUGCUGGCAUCUCGGUGACGCUGUCUGAGCUUGGUGCACGCAGAGCAGGUGGAGCGGGCCGGCCGGGGCGGAGCGGAGCGGUCCGCAGAGCAGCCCCUCCCGGCCUCGGCCGACCCCAGCCCUCGGCCCGGCUCUAUGGACAGGAGCUCGCUGCUGCAGCUCAUCCAGGAGCAGCAGCUGGAUCCUGAGAAUACGGGCUUCAUCGGUGCGGAAACCUUCGCUGGUCUGGUACACAGCCAUGAGCUGCCCCUGGACCCCACCAAGUUGGACAUGUUGGUGGCUCUGGCUCAGAGCAACGAACGGGGCCAGGUCUGCUACCAGGAGCUGGUGGACCUGAUCAGCAGCAAGCGUUCCAGCAGCUUCAAGAGGGCCAUUGCUAAUGGACAACGGGCGCUGCCUCGGGACGGAAUGCUAGAUGAGCCAGGCCUGGGUGUCUACAAGCGGUUUGUGCGAUACGUGGCCUACGAGAUCCUGCCCUGUGAGGUGGAUCGCCGCUGGUACUUCUACCGGCACCGCAGCUGCCCACCCCCUGUGUUCAUGGCCUCUGUCACCCUUGCCCAGAUCAUCGUGUUCCUGUGCUACGGGGCACGUCUCAACAAGUGGGUGCUCCAGACCUACCACCCUGAAUACAUGAAGAGCCCUCUGGUGUAUCACCCGGGACACCGCGCUCGCGCCUGGCGCUUCCUCACCUACAUGUUCAUGCAUGUUGGGCUGGAACAGCUAGGGUUCAAUGCCCUCCUGCAGCUGAUGAUCGGGGUGCCCCUGGAGAUGGUACACGGUGUACUUCGCAUCAGCCUGCUCUACCUGGCAGGUGUGCUGGCAGGCUCCCUGACUGUCUCUAUCACAGACAUGCGUGCCCCUGUGGUAGGGGGUUCUGGAGGGGUCUAUGCGCUGUGCUCAGCACACCUGGCCAAUGUUGUCAUGAACUGGGCUGGGAUGCGGUGUCCAUACAAGCUGCUGAGGAUGGUGCUGGCUCUGGUGUGCAUGAGUUCCGAAGUGGGCCGGGCUGUGUGGCUGCGCUUCUCCCCACCACUGCCUGCCUCAGGCCCACAGCCCAGCUUUAUGGCACACCUGGCUGGUGCAGUGGUGGGUGUAAGCAUGGGCCUUACCAUCCUGCGAAGCUAUGAGGAGCGCCUGAGGGACCAGUGCGGCUGGUGGGUGGUGCUACUUGCCUAUGGCACCUUCCUGCUUUUCGCCAUCUUCUGGAACGUCUUUGCCUAUGACCUGCUGGGUGCCGAUAUCCCCCCUCCACCUUGACCUGCUCCUUAGGGCCACAUGGCUAGAGCCUGGCCUGCAGGGGGUCCGCCACCAGGUGGGCCUGCAUGUCUGCCCUCUAUGAACGGACCUCUCGGGGCUGCUUUUCCCUAGGGGGCAGGCGGGCCCUGUGGUCCACCAGGUUGAGGCCAAGUCUUACGGCAGCCCUUGCUGCCCCUCCCAGGCCUUUCCGGGGGAGGGUGCUACUAGGCCAGGGCUGGGUGGAGGUCCUUGGAUGUGGCCCCAGAGGAGACUCCCUCCCUCCCCACCGAUCCCCAGGACUUGCAGUCUGAGCCUUUUUGGAGAGUGAAUAAAUAUUUUACACAUCA